AGUCCAAAGGCACCCGUGGUCGGUUUGCUCGGGCCGAGUGCAGGGAGCUGGAGGGUGAGCCCAGUCUGGUUCAGGAAGUUGUGUCUCUGACACGAGGGACAGGAGUGACUCGGAAUGAAACCUCAAAAAUGCUAGGCGUCAGCCAGCUGGAGGGCGCGGAGCACAGAGGGCGCUUUUCUGGGCGGGAGCGGCAGGUACGCGCCGCGCGGUACUUCAGCGGACGUGGGGGCGGAAGCCGGGCGGGCGCGGGGCGGGACCGCGACACCCACUGCCCCUCCGCCACCCGCCGCUCCUGACCCUCCGCCGCGGACCUGGCUCCUGGUGGGAGGGGCAGGGGCUGGAGAAGAGAAACCUGGACCUCGCCCCUCAAACCUGGACUGGUGUCAGACAAGGCAGUACCCGGUAGAUGACUGGGCGCCCGCGCCUGGAGGAAGCGCUCCUGUGAACUGAAAGAUUUCUCCCAUAUUGGAAAUGAAGAAACCAAGGCCCGAAGGAGCUGAAUGACUUUUGGGAGGACACACACUGAAUGCUAUCAGUGGCAUGCCCAAACCCAAAGCUGGAAGAAGAAUAAAUUACAAGCAGGCAAGUCUGUCCUGAGCCCAGGACUUGCUGAUGAGCUGAGAGGUUCCUUUGGCCCCAGUCUAGCCAGGCGCCAUGGAGAAAAUCAGCUCCUUCUUUAACUCCAUCUGGGACAUCAUCUCUGCCAAACACCAGGAGGGCAUCUACAACACCGUCUGCCUGGGGGUCCUCCUGGGGCUGCCGUUGUUGGUGGUCAUCACAUUCCUCUUCAUCUGUUGCCACUGCUGCUGGAGCCGGUCAGCCAAGAGCAGUCAACAGCCAGAGCAGAACAAGAGGAAGAAGAAGAAGAGGAAGGAUGAAGAAGACCUCUGGAUCUCUGCUCAGCCCAAGCUUCUCCAAUUGGAGAAGAGGCCAUCCCUGCUUGUCUAGUCAGAGGCAGGGGGCAGAGGUGCCCACCCUCUGGGGCCAAGCCUUCUUCCCACCACACAGAGGGUCAGGAGCAGGAAUCCCUGUAGGGGAUGCUCUCGUGUGCACAGAAUAACUACUAAACUGAGCAUCCUAAUGGAGGACACUCCCAGGGGAGCACAUGGACAGUCACCGUCCUGGCAGCUAUGUGUCCAAAAGCAACGCUAUUUACUACAGACCCAGGCAUGCAUACCCCAUAUGCAAAAGCACAAAGAACAUUUAUCCAUGCAUCUUGAUAUGACUCCUAAGUUUGUAUGUGUGUGUGUGUGUGCGUGCAUGCGUGCAUACAUACACAAAUCAGGCAGCAGGUACAUGGGCAAGUAUACUGUGUUCCUCAAAUGGUUAUUAAAUAUCUACUUUGUGUAAGGCACUCUGCAAGGCAGUACAUUAUCUACUCUUGCAAAAAUGACUUACAGGAAGGCCUGGCCAGAUCCAGGCACAUAUGCACGAUUAUAAAAUUGGGCAAGGUCCCUGUGCACUGCUAUCCCAUAUACCUCUCAGGUUAGAGAUGUAUGUUUUCCUAUCCCUAUCCCUAUAUAACUUUUACUGGAAAUACUCAUCUUUAGACAUUCCAGCAACCUGGUACAGUCCUGUCCCUGUGUCUGUUUAUACAGACAUACAAAGUUCCUGUGCUUCUGACCCCCUCACCUGUGCCAAAAUGUUUAAAAUGUGAUGGAUCAAAAUUAAUUGGAAGCUAUUUUCUUGUAACUCACGACAAGGUCCUCAUUACCACUGAGAAGUAUCCAUUGCGGUCCACACCUGUCUUUGAGACACUGCUUCCAGAGCCACUUGGCUUUAGUUGUGACUGCUAGAAAGCCAUGGAAACCCACUCAUUCACUUCAGCGGGCUGAAAUUGUAUACAUGUGCAUUGUGUAUUUUAUAGAUGGAACAGGUAAGGAGAUGCUAGACUUGAGUACAGGAUCUCUUGUAUAACCAAAGGUUUUCAGGGCAGAAGGAAUUAAGACAGCCACCAGCACAGUUUCACAGAAAGCACAUUGGAAAUGGUUUCAUAAGGUUGUAAUGGGUGCAUGGUAUGUUGUGGGUGGGAUGCAGAAAUUGUUAUUGUUGUUUAAAUGAAAGUAGGCCGAAGCUCCAUGGAGGUUUCUGAAUAUUUAUCUUGAAGCUCAGGCAAGUGCCUUGCACACUAUUGGUAAUCAAAACUGACUGUCAGUGCUGUUGGAUGGUGUUAAGGGUAAACUUGGAAUACCUCGCCAAUUCCUGUAAGUGACCUUCUCCUUUAAGUGAGCCCACUCAUUGCUGCAAUGAAUGAAAGUUAGGUAUUGAAUUCUAUGAGAAUAUAUGCAGAAACAAGAAUUGGAUUACCGUAUGUGCACUGAGGUAUUUGGAGACAUAAACUAGGUUUGCAGUAAGUUGACGAGAGCUUCUCCCCACUGGGCUGAGGUUGGGAGGCAGAGUUAAUCUGCUUGUAUGAUGAACUGGUUGGCAUUUUGAUUGUACUGACCAGAUUAUAAAGAUGGACCAUUCCCAUCUUGAGAGGAGGUUGUACUCUGAAAGUUCUGCAGGGUAGGCUCUCUUUGAAAUAAAUGGUGGCCAAAUAGCUAUUUAAUAAGGUAGCUAAAUUAUGAUAUUUAUGGUAACAAAAAACUAAGAUUACGGUGACGGAAAGAUGUGCUCUGCUGAUUUGGACUACCUGGAGCUACCUGCCCUCUGAGUGUUUUCCAGGCCUGUAGCGGGUGGGUGCCUGGUGGUGGUACCGUUUCACCGAGUCUAAACUAUAACCUGGGAAUUGUAAAUCAGGUCUGCAUGUAUUUUAGCACCAGUCAUGCUCACCCUAAGUGGCCCUAAAUUCCCUGGGCACACAGGCCACUCACCCGUAAGCCCUAUAGGCCAGAGAAAGAGGCACUCUCUGAUUCUCUGUCCCCUGGUCACAGGGAGAGCGUGAGACGGAGCAUCUGGUUGUCCCCUUCACGUCAGAGAAUGAGUAGUCAUCCCCAGUCCCAGUGCACACACCUCCCCACGUGUACUGCUGCCCACCAGCACCAGGUGCCCCUCCAUCUGCAACUCUCAGUCCCCCCAAAAUGGGCAACUUGGAAGAGACGUGGAGGCUGGCAGCAAGACUGGAUGUCAGACAUAUCUAGGAGAGUGGAUCACCGCGAUCAGGGCCCACACAGCACAGUUGCCAUGGCAACUGGCUGCUAGUUUGAAUUAGGACAGCACUCAGUUGUCAGGGCCUCUGUCUCCAGGUACGGUGUCCCUGCUAGCUCCUAAUAUAAUGGACCCACUCUAACUCCAGGCAGGAAACACCCAGAAACCCACUUCUCUGUGGCUUCCAUAGCCUAGGACCCAGGAGACCCAAACCCUGAAUGGGCAUGACUGGACGGCCUACAACAACAGGCCCUGAAAUUUUUGUUGAGUAAAUGGUGCGUGAAUGGUGCCUAAUGGUGUCCACUCCCCUUUCACCCCGGCUUUAUUCUCAUGUGUCUCCCCGUGUUUUACUCUCUUAUUCCCGCUUUUCCCUGCACCACCCCAGUUCCAUCUCUUUAUUCCUGUCUAUUUUUACUCCUUCCAGUCUCUGCCCCAGACCUGCCACUGGCAACUAAUGGUGCCUCAGGACUGGAGCUGGCCUUGGCUGCUCUGGGAAGAUUUGAGCUAAUGGGGGCCAAAAAAAAAAAAGAUCCACAAAGGAGAAGCUGCCUGAAGCAGCACAAGCUUGGGGA